UUUUAUUCGUAUUAUUAUUAUUGAAGUGACAGCUGUAAGUCAGGCAAAACAGUGACUGACUUUUAAGCAUUUUAAGUGCAAAAGUAAAUUUCCGGUAUUUUUUUUAUUUACGAUGACGUCGUUCUUCCAAGGAGCUUUAGGAGGGAAUCCUUUUUCGACCCCGGUCGGCGGGAGAGUCGAAAGUGCAACUGAGAGCAGCUUAGCAUCUGAGAACUGGGCUCUCAAUAUGGAAAUUUGUGAUAUGAUCAAUGAAACUGAAGAUGGACCCAGGGAUGCUGUCAAGGCCAUCCGCAAGAGGUUGACCAAUAAUGCUGGCAAGAACUACACAGUUGUGAUGUACACUCUGACUGUUCUUGAGACAUGUGUUAAGAACUGUGGCAAGAAAUUUCAUACCUUGGUUUGCAAUAAAGAUUUUAUUAAUGAAUUGGUAAAAUUGAUUGGUCCCAAAAAUGAUCCUCCUACUGCAGUCCAGGAAAAGGUUCUCAGUCUGAUACAGUGCUGGGCUGAUGCAUUUAAUAGUCAGCCAGAAAUGAAUGGAGUUGUGAAUGUUUAUCAUGAUUUAAAAGCCAAAGGCAUUGAAUUUCCUGCAACAGAUUUUGAUUCUAUGGCUCCAAUUUUCACUCCACAAAAAACUUCUGAUGCAAUUGCAGAGCUUCCAACUGUAGUGGAACCCAAUAUGCCUACAUAUCAGCUAUCAAAGAUUUCACCUCCAAUUCUAUCACAUGAACAGAGAACUAAAUUAGAAUCAGAAUUGGAUGUUGUACAAUCAAAUAUGAAUGUUCUUGGUGAGAUGUUAGGUGAAGUGAAACCAGGGCAUGAGCAACCUGAAGAACUGGAACUGUUACAAAUGUUAUAUACUACUUGUAAGGAAAUGCAAGGAAGAUUAGUGGAACUAAUCAGUAAAUUAGCGAACGACGAACUAACAGCAGAGCUUCUCAGAAUUAACGACGACAUGAAUAAUCUAAUCUUGAGAUACGGAAGAUGGGAAAAGAAUAGGGAAGCCGGGGGGCAAUCGGCUUCCGCCGUUUUGACUAAUGCCACCAGGAAGCCGCCCUUGGAGUCCAAUGACAGUUUAAUCGAUUUAGGCCCACCCGAUGAUUUGGUCGAAAAAUUUAGUGAAAUGGGAGUGGCCAGCGCAAAUGCUGCUUCCCAAUUGGCCAAUAUUGGUAGCGUGACUGCUACCAAUAGACCGGUCGGCGAUGAAGAUUUUGAUAUGUUCGCCCAAUCAAGAAAAGCUACAUACGAAACAUCAAAAACUACAGGAAGCACAUAUAAGGAUAACAUAGAUUCCGAGCAUCAAGUUGAUGGUUUAAGUAAAUUGACACAAAAUAAACCGAAUAAUCCGGCUGAUUUGGAAUUUGAUGAAAUGGCAGCUUGGCUGGGGGAUACAACUACAGAGGAAUCUGUAACAAGCAGCGAAUUUGAGAGGUUUCUAGCGGAACGAGCUGCUGCUGCAGAGGCUCUUCCUUCAACCACUACUCCUACACCAACAGGCGCCGCUGCUACCAAAGCAGCUAAGAAAGAAGAUGACAAGGAAAGUCUCUUGACACUAUGAAUUGAUGCAAUCUUGAAAAAAGUAUACACACAUAAAAAAAAUCAUAACAUUCUAGACUUAUUCAUUUCAUAACGAGUCUCCUUUCUCGUAUAUUAUAUGUAACUUGAAAAUAAUAUGAAUGUUUAGAAAUUAUUGUAACUAAUCUCACUAAUUAAUUUGCAAGUGCUAGUCUAAUUACAGUAAUUAAACAAUAAGUCUCGAUUGUAUUAAAGUAUAUAAUAGAAUUGUAACAGUUUCAAGGAAUGAUGUCUAUAUAGAAAUAUUGUGAAAAAAAUGUGAUUUAUCCAAUAUGAAUGUACUUAUUAAGUACUGAAAUGGAAAUCAAGAUGGCAUAUGGAUUUAUAUGUAUAUAAGCUUCAAAUUAUAUUUUAUGAAUGUUUUAUAAAGUCUCGCGUAAAACAAAAAAGAAAUAUUUUUUAAAUGAUUUUAUUUUUCAUAUUUAUUUUGAUCUGAUUAGUUACCAAAGAUAUCUGUGUAAUUUGCUUCCAAUUUAAGACAUCUUCUGUUUCAUAUUUAAUUGAAGGAGAUAUACAAAAAAAAACACGUUUAAUGAGAUGAAAAAAGUAUUACGUUUAAAUUAUUUUUUAUUGAUUGUUAAUUUUGUUUUCU